AUCUUGACACUUUGCCGAGGUACCCACCCCCUCGUGUGCUCCUUCCCCUCCAUUAAUGCCACUUCCUUCAUACACUUCAAAUCAUCACCACCACACUCACUCUCUCUCUCUCUCUCUCUCUCUCUCUCUCUCUCUAUGAACUAAAACCACCCUCUUUUCUUUUCCCCUCUCUCUCUAUAACUAUGCAUACAUAAUUUGGUGGGAUAAAUUAAAUAUCUUGCUCUCUAUAAUUCCAUGGCAUCUUUGCCAACACUCAUCUUCUUACUCACCACCAUCUCCACCGUCUUUCUCCUCCUCCUCCGCAAAUCUCGCUACCGUCGCCUCCGCCUACCACCGGGUAGCCUCGGCUUCCCGUUGAUCGGCGAGACGCUACAACUAAUAUCAGCCUACAAGAGCGAGAAUCCAGAACCAUUCAUCGACCGUAGAGUGAACCGGUACGGUCCAAUUUUCACGACCCACGUAUUCGGCGAGCCGACAGUGUUCUCGGCCGACCCGGUGACGAACCGGUUCAUUUUGCAGAACGAAGGGAGGCUCUUUGAGUCCAGCUACCCUGGUUCGAUAUCGAACCUGCUCGGGAAGCACUCGCUGUUGCUUAUGAAAGGUGGGCUCCACAAGAGAAUGCACUCCCUCACGAUGAGCUUCACUAAUUCCUCAAUUAUUAAGAACCAUCUUCUCCUUGACAUAGACCGGCUCAUCCGGCUCAACUUGGAUGCUUGGUCUGACCGGGUUCUUCUCAUGGAGGAGGCCAAGAAGAUAACAUUUGAGCUGACAGUGAAGCAGUUGAUGAGCUUUGAUCCAGAUGAAUGGACAGAGAGUUUAAGGAAAGAGUACGUUCUUGUGAUUGAAGGAUUCUUCACACUCCCCUUUCCUCUAUUCUCCACCACCUACCGCAGAGCCAUCAAGGCAAGAACUAAGGUGGCAGAGGCACUAAGUGAGAUAGUGAGGAAGAGGAGAAAAGAGAGUGAAAGCAAGAAUGACAUGCUUGGGGCACUGUUGGCCUCCGGCGACCACUUCCCCAAUGAGGAAAUAGUGGAUUUCAUGUUGGCUAUGCUCGUCGCCGGUUAUGAGACCACCUCCACCAUAAUGACUCUUGCAGUCAAGUUCCUCACUGAGACUCCUCAAGCCAUGGCACAGCUCAAGGAAGAACAUGACCAAAUCAGAGCAAGGAGUGACCCCGAGGCAGCACUAGAAUGGGCAGAUUACAAGUCAAUGGCAUUUACUCAAUGCGUCGUGAAUGAGACCUUAAGAGUGGCAAACAUAAUUAGUGGGGUAUUUAGGAGAGCCAUGACAGACAUUGACAUCAAAGGUUACACUAUUCCUAAGGGAUGGAAGGUCUUUGCAUCAUUCCGUGCUGUACAUUUGAACCCUGAACAUUUCAAAGAUGCCCGCACCUUCAAUCCAUGGAGAUGGCAGAAUAACUCAGAAGCAGCAAGCCCGGGGAAUGUAUACACACCUUUUGGAGGAGGGCCACGGUUGUGUCCUGGUUAUGAGCUUGCCAGAGUUGUGCUUUCUAUCUUCCUUCACCGCUUCGUCACCCGCUUCAGUUGGGUUCCUGCUGAGGAAGAUAAGUUGGUGUUUUUCCCAACCACAAGGACACAGAAGAGGUAUCCUAUUUUAGUGAAGCGUAGAGAGGAGUCCAGACAAUGUAUAUAUGAGAAAUGAAAGCACAACAGACAGAGAAGGAGCAGAAAGGAAGCACAGAGUGUAGAUCAGUUUAACCAGUUAAAUGUUCAUCAUAUAUUAACUAAUAAAAUUUUAUCUACUAGUUUAGAAUUUCAUUUAUGAUCUUAA